AUUGUGGGUGUAGGUGGUUGUGGUCAGCGAUUGGGAUUUUGCUGUGUAGCCAGUAACCCUCUUCAAACCUUCCCGUUGUUCUUACCUUCAGCUCCUGGAACCAAGUCCGGUGGUGCGAGCGCCUCACUGAGCAUCGAAGAGACGAACAAGCUGAGAGCCAAACUCGGGCUCAAACCCCUGGAAGUAAAUGACUCGAAAAAGACUGAGGCCGGAACGAAAGAGGACCCAGUUGUGGUCCCAGCCAUUAACCCCAUCGCCAUGAAGCAGCAGGAGGACAUUCGGGUGAAACUUGCUGCCCUGAAGGAGAAACGCCUCCUGAAUCAGAAGCUGGGGAAAGUGAAAUCUCUCGGCGAUGAUGAUGGCUGGCUCGAUGAUGCUGUGGCCUGGGUGGAGAAGAGCAGGAAACUGCAGAGGGAGAAGGAGAUGGCCGAGAAGAGGGCCAAGCUUCUGGAGGAAAUGGAUGAAGAGUUUGGCAUCAGCGACCUCAUCGAGGAGGAGAUGCAAACGAAGAGACAGUCUGCCUACACGUCCCGGGACCUGAAGGGACUGACGGUGCAACAUGAUAUCGAGGCCUUCACAGAAGGACAGUCAGUGGUGCUCACCCUGAAGGACAAAGGGGUCCUGGAUGAGGAGGACGACGUCCUCGUCAACGUUAACAUCCUGGAUAAGGAGCGAGCCGACAAGAACGUGGAGCACAAGAAGAAGAAACCCGACUACAAGCCCUACGAGGAGGAGGAGAGCGUGGACGACAUGGCAGUGUUUAAGGGGAAGUCCAUCCUGUCUAAGUACGACGAGGAGAUUGAUGGUGAGAAGAAGAAGUCAUUUAAGCUGGAGGCCGGAGGGACCGCCGACGGAUCGUGGGAAAAGGAGCUGCAGCAGAUCCGGGAGACGCUCCGGAGCCAGGCGCAGACCCUCGACACGCCGCAGCUGAAGCUGGCUUCGGAAUUCUACACCGAGGAGGAGAUGGUUACGUUCAAGAAAACGAAGAGGAGAGUGAAGAAGAUACGGAAGAAGGAAACAAAGCUGAAAGCAGACGACCUGCUCGUCCAGGGGCACGAGAGCACGGUCACCGACUACGGCUCCAGGGGGCGUGGCCGAGGUUGGAAGUUCCACGGCGGGGAGGAGGCAGAAGGCAACACAGAGCAAGCAGAGGCAGCCGCCCCAGAGGUACAGACUGUAUCGGACGACAUGCGUGUGGAAAACAUGGACAUCAGUGACGAUGAAGCCCGAGCCCCUGACUCCCCGGUGGCCAUCGAGGAGGACGAGGCCGAGAUGGAGCUGCAGAAACAGCUGGAAAAGCAGCGACGCCUAAGGCAGCUCCACAAACAGGCGUCUGACAAGGUGAGGCCGGAACCAUUGCUGUCAGAGAGGGGCUGUACCAUCUCCAAAGCUCCGAGAAAGUGUUCUGGGAUCUCCCUGAGGGGAAAGCUGCUGAGAAAGAUGAGUUCGAGUGACACACCGCUGGGAACCGUGGCCCUCCUGCAGGAGAAGCAGAAAGCACAGAAAACACCUUACAUCGUCCUCAGUGGGAGCGGGAAGAGCAUGAACGUGUACUGGUCCAGGUUAAUAGAUGACAAGUACAGUCGGAGAGAGGAAUAUCGCGGCUUCACGCAGGAGUUCAAGGAGAAGGAAGCUUACCGGCCCGAUGUGAAGAUUGAUUACGUGGACGAAUCUGGAAGGAGGCUGACCCCGAAAGAGGCAUUCAGACAGUUGUCCCACCGGUUCCACGGAAAAGGAUCAGGAAAAAUGAAGACGGAGAAACGCAUGAAGAAACUCGAAGAGGAACAUCUGCUGAGAAAGAUGAGUUCGAGUGACACACCGCUGGGAACCGUGGCCCUCCUGCAGGAGAAGCAGAAAGCACAGAAAACACCUUACAUCGUCCUCAGUGGGAGCGGGAAGAGCAUGAACGUAAACACCAUAACGAAAUGAGACUCCUGGACCCAAGGACUGGACUUUGGCACCGAUGUGGGAGGGGGUUAGGGUUCCUUUUACAGCAGGGAAGGGAAAAGAUUUGGUCACUGGCUAGAUCUUGCUGUUCUAUUUACUCUUGAACUUUUCUUCUGUACAUUAAUAAAGAGACUUUUUUUUUCCCUUUU